AUGGAAUUAUGUGCCAGUUUACCUCAGGACCUGAAUGCUAAGACUAAUCCAUUGGGAAUGGGAGAGGCCAAGGAGAGGAAUCUGUGGACAGUGGAGGGGACUGUUGACAAUAAGACAGAAUCAUCUCCUUGUUACUUGCUCACUGUAAGAGUCAUAAGGGCGAGGAAUCUCCAUCAGACAGAUGCCUUAAGCCAAUCUGAUUGCUAUGUGACCCUCUGGCUACCGACAGCUUCAGCCGAAAAGUUCUGGACUAAAACCAUCAACAACUGCAAAGACCCAGUCUGGAAUGAAACCUUCUACUACAGGAUCCAGAGUCAGGUCAAGAAUGUGCUGGAGCUGGGUGUCUACGAUGAGGAUGAUGUUACCCAGGACGAUCACCUCUUUACUGUGCGCUUUGAUGUGGCUAAACUUCCACUUGGAGAAAGAGUUCUCAUGUACUUUAAGUCUGACCCACAGAGAAAUGAGGAGUUGGAGGUGGAAUUCAGACUGGAGAAUAUUUCGGAUCCCUCUGAAACCAUUGUGACUAAUGGAGUUCUAGUGUCUCGCAAAGUCUGCUGUUUGGACGUUCAGGUGGGUGAGAAGAAGAAGGAAAAGAAGAGGAAGCCUUCAUCACACAUCUCCCUCAGAGUGAAAGGAUCCCAUGAAGAGACCCAAGACCUUACAUUGGCCUCUGAUCCCAUCAUUAGAUCCUCAUGUCCCACUAAGUUUCACUAUGUCAAGUAUAAGCAGCCAGCAUUGAAUGUUGUUCUACCAAAGCAGAAACCACGUUACUCCUUUCGUAGCUGUUCCUAUAACACAAAGGCAGACUCGCCAAAUGUGGCUCUCAAUUCACUUCCCACAGGAGAGAAAGUAACAAUAGCAGAGGAUAAAAAAUUUGAUUUGUAUGUGAAGGCUACAGACUGCUCAGAAGACCUAGACGUGCGCUUAGGGUUUGACUUGUGCACAGAGGAACAGGAUUUCCUCUGUAAAAGGAAGAAAUAUGUUGCUGCUGCUCUGAAAAAGGUUCUCCAGCUAGAGGAGGACCUGCAGGAUGAUGAGAUUCCUGUGGUGGCAAUCAUGACAACAGGUGGUGGAAUGAGAUCACUGACAACGACAUAUGGCAGUCUACUGGGUCUCAAGAAGUUAAAUGUCAUAGACUGUGCUAUGUACCUGACUGGCUUGUCUGGCACGACAUGGACUAUGGCAAAUUUGUACAGAGAUGCUGAUUGGUCACAGCACGAUCUGUCUGGGAAAAUCAAUGAAGCUCGAAAACAUGUGACCAAAUGCAAAAUGGGCUCUUUUUCCAUGGAGCGUAUGAAGUAUUAUAACAAGCAGCUGUGUCAGCGGAAACAAGAAGGACACAGGACAUCUUCUAUAGAUCUGUGGGGGCUUAUUGUUGAAUAUUUGUUACAUGAUGGGAAAGACAACCAUAAACUCUCAAAUCAGCAACAGGCAGUGGAUCAGGGUCAGAACCCACUGCCCAUCUACGUGGCAAUCAAUGUCAAGGACAACUAUAGCACUUUGGAUUUCAAAGAAUGGCUGGAAUUCACCCCCUAUGAAGUUGGAUUCAUGAAAUAUGGAGCUUUCAUUCGCUCUGAGGACUUUGGAAGCGAGUUUUUCAUGGGUCGGCUGAUGAAGAGGCUCCCAGAAUCCCGGAUCUGCUACUUGGAAGGCAUGUGGAGUAGUUUAUUUUCCCUGAAUCUGUUAUAUAUCUGGAAUUUGUCCCAUACUUCAGAGGACUUUUGGCAGAGGUGGACCCGAGACAGAGUAAAUGAUAUUGAGGAAGAGCCUGCCCUACCUCUGAGGCCACACGAACAGAAGACUCAAGUAUUCACCACAGCAAGCCUCCUUUCCCGUGUUCUUCGUGGUGCCAUUACAGAGCGCACGUCAGUUGCCCAGUACCACAGUUUCCUGAAAGGCCUCCAGCUGCAUAAUGACUAUCUAGAGAAUGACAAGUUUUGUAGAUGGAAAGAUACUGUGCUGGACACAUCACCCAACCAGCUGACUGAAACAACAGAAUACUUGUCCCUGGUAGAUACUGGAUUCUUCAUCAAUACCAGCUGCCCUCCACUUUUGAGGCCAGAGAGGAAAGUGGAUGUUAUCCUGCAUUUAAAUUACAGUGCAGGAUCACAGAUACUGCCUCUGGAUCAGUCCUGUAAGUACUACUCAGAACAAGGAAUCCCAUUCCCCAAAGUUGAGCUGAGUGAAGAAGAGAGGAAAAACCUAAAGGAGUGCUACCUCUUUGACGAUGCUGAGACUCCCGGAGCUCCUAUAUUGCUAUUUUUCCCAUUAGUGAAUGACACCUACCAAAGUUACAAAGCACCUGGUGUGAAGCGCUCCAGCUCAGAGAUGGAGGAGGGCAAAGUUGAUCUCACCAGUCGCUUUUCCCCCUAUUCUACAUAUUCAGUCACAUACAAGGAGCAAGAUUAUGAUCAGCUGGUUAAACUGACUGAGUACAACAUCCUGAAUAACAAACACCUGAUUCUUCAAGCCUUGCAUACAGCAGUGGAACGGAAAAGGCGACAUAAAAAAUAG